AUGAUUCGGCUAUUGAGACCAGUUACUCCGCAUCUUAUAUUACUGCAAGACGAGUUUUCCAUUCUAUUUGGCUAUAAAGGAACGCUUUCUGGGCCGCAGUUAGGUUUUCCGAGUCUGGAACAAAUUAUUCCAGAUAUUCAUUAUGCCGACUGCCAUCAUCUCGUUUUUCGAAUUCCACAUCGUGGCCCAGAACUCUCUGAUUUCAUCUAUCCCUAUAUUGUCUUUACUUGCGAACUUUUUCCGUGGCCUUACUCAGUUCUACGGGAGUUAUGUAAAGCUUAUUUUCUACGCUUACCUUCCUUUCCGAUGGCUUCUCUUUCUGCCUUGUCGUGUCUUCAUAGCAUUGUCGUGCCACCUGGAGCUGCUUUGCAAGAUCAGUCACUAACUUGGGGGUAUUCUAUGUGGCAUAUUUACCUGAAGCUUGGUUCGCUGAUCAAAGUAUGA